AUGGGUUCCUAUUUGGGAAUUCCUGAGAGUCUCGGAGGAUCAAGAGUUCAAGUCUUCGGUUACGUUCGAGAUAGGUUGAAUGACUGGGUGAAUGGUUGUACAGCAAAAUUUUUAUCUAAGGGAGGGAAGGAAGUAUUACUAAAGUCGGUGGCUUUGGCUCUUCCUACGCAUGUUAUGUCUUGCUUCAAACUCUCUCAAGUCUUAACGACCAAAUUGACGAGUGCAAUUUCAAAUUUCUGGUGGAGCUCUGAUGGGAAAGAUUGGGGGCUUCACUGGGUGGCUUGGGAUAAAAUGUGUAGAGAUAAAUCGGAGGGAGGUUUGGGAUUUUGGGAUUUGGAGACCUUCAAUGAUGCUUUAUUGGCUAAACAGUAUUGGCGUUUAAUACAGUUUCUGAAUUCUUUGUUUGCUCAAGUGUUUAGAGGGUCUAACAUUUCGGUUUGGCGUGAUCCUUGGAUUCCUGAUCAGCAUCCUCGACCUGCAAACGGAAUUUAUGGAACCAGAGGAUAUUCAAACUAUUAA